AUGGCCGAAACUGCGCAUGUCAACGACGUACCCAUGCAGGGCAAGGGCCUGUACAGCUCUCACGCUGCUCUGCAGCACGAGGCUAUGCUGAAAGCUCUGCCACUCUUACAGCAGGCGACAAACACUGUGGUGACCAACGUCAACCGCAAUCUUCGGCCUAUGUCAGUUGUCGAGUAUGGCUCUGCACACGGGAAUAACUCUAUCCAACCCAUGGCCACCAUUCUCGAUUCCACUCCGCCUGGAGGCAUCCAGUUGGUCUUCAGCGAUCGUCCAGAGAACGACUUCAACACUCUCUCAGCAACUGUCACAACCUGGGCUGAAGGCUUAGACACGGCCAAGUUCCCGCACUCCAUCUUCCCGGCCAUGAUCCCCCGCAGCUUCUACCGCCAAGUCGUGCCCUCUCGGUCCGCCGAUCUAGGCUUCUCUCUGGCGGCCCUGCACCAUCUCGACCAUGUACCCAAGAGCCAAGACGGGAUAGAUCAUCAAGCCCUGCUUAAGAGACAAGCUCACUUGGAUCUCCUGCGGUUCCUCAAGUUGCGCGCUAAUGAGAUCGUACCUGGCGGCUCUCUUGUCCUUUCCUUUGUAUCUCAGUCGUCUUCUGGCAGAGAGAACUAUGCCGGACUCGUGGAUGCUUGUCGCAAUGCCAUGAUCGACAUGGUCAAGGACGGAAUCAUUCCUGGUGCAGUAGCUGGAUCCUUCUACAUCCCUACGUAUAACAGGACGCUGCAAGAUGUCCAAAAGGUCAUUGAGGAGGUGACCCCAACAUGGAUCGCCCACGAGGUCUUUGAGCAGGAUUGUCUCCAUCCUGCAAAGAAGGACCUGGAGCUACAGAAGAGAUCUGAUGGCCACGAUGGUGACGAGGCUAGCCGUCGUUACGCUGAUAUUGUCGUUGAUUGGCUCAUGGCCGUUUGUGCCGGAUACUUCCUCAAGGCUGUCAAGGUGGGAUCCGACAAUACGUUUACCGACGAGGAUGCCGAGAAAUUCUUGGCAGGUUGGGUCAAGAGAACUAAAGAGUUGUUUUAUCAGGACCAUCGGGAUGAGGAUGUUGUUUGUUCGUUCAUCUUUGUGAGAUUGGAGCGGGUGUAG